AUGAACGUCGGCGUGGCACACAGCGAGGUGAACCCCAACACGCGGGUGAUGAACAGCCGGGGCAUCUGGCUGGCGUACGUGAUCGGAGUCCUCCACGUCGUUCUCCUCAGCAUCCCCUUCUUCAGCAUUCCCGUCGUCUGGACGCUCACCAACAUCAUACACAACCUGGUCAUGUACCUGCUGCUGCACACGGUGAAGGGGACCCCCUUCGAGACCCCGGACCAGGGCAAGGAUCGCCUCCUCACGCACUGGGAGCAGAUAGACUACGGGACGCAGUGCACCUCCUCGCGCAAGUUCCUCAGCAUCUCCCCAGUGGUGCUGUACCUCCUCACCAGCUUCUACACCAAAUACGACCCCGCGCACUUCGUCGUCAACACGGCCUCCCUGCUCAGCGUCCUGCUGCCCAAGCUGCCCCAGUUCCACGGCGUCAGGCUCUUCGGCAUCAACACGUACUUG